AAGUUAUCCUCUAAAGAUAAAGCUUACAGACAGUCACAUACAAGGUCUCACAACGACCAUCAUCAUAUGCCUCAGUUGUGUAAAUGAUCGUACAAGCGUCCUUUUCUUUAUCUUCUUUUUCUUCUUUUUCACUUCUUUUUUUUAAUUUUAUUUUGCAUCAUGGAAAACCAAAAAAGUAUACAGGACAAGUCCAUUCGAAGAAAGAUUUUAAGCGAAAUAAAAGAUUGGAAUCUUGGUGUGUCUCUGGAAGGUUUACUCGCCAAAGAACCUUGUUUUGUCCAUCAAUCUGUGCCAGAAAUCAUCGUCACUGACGAAAAGAGUAGCCAUGCAUUUUCGAUCGCUACACAAUCGAAAUGGACGGAAAAUCUCGUUCAGUCAGGUGUCUCGAAUCCAUAUGAUACAGUGACUAUUCAAUCUCUCUCUAUUUGCAGUACAAUACUCAAGAAUCAAAACGAGCCUUUAUUCAAAGCAAACGAAAAGACGCAUACGAUGUACUUUGGAGCGCAAGCAUUCGUGAAGAUGGAUCGAAUCGCAAGACUUACAACUGAAUUUGAAGAAGAGCUAAUUAAGGCGGAGGAGCACUGGCCUCAUUAUCCAGAAGAGUCAUGGGAUCUAUUGUGCCAUAUUUGGCAUAGAUAUGGUUUCUUGUGGCCAGAAAAACUCUAUUUAGGGCUCGUUCAUCAAGCAACAGAAAAACAAAAUUCAAAGGUGGAUGAAGAUCAUUACCGUAUCCUUGGAAGAGCCAAAGUUCGACCUGUCUAUGAAUUCUUCCCCGAAUCUCGUCGCACUACACGGGACUUCAUCAUCAACAUCAUUCGUUAUUUUUCACCUUUACUGAUGAACGAAUGUCUAUUUAAGCUUAGAAAUUUAGAAACAGGCUGUUACCUCGGAAGGGAACAGAACAAAGUACCCGCGUUAGUACCCAGAAACAGAAAUAUCAACCACCAUUUAGAAGAUAUGUUUUGGAAAUUUCGGGAUGACUCUUUGCAGAACUCUUUACUCUUUGUCUUUGCUCAUAGUCAAAAGUUUUUAUUGUCGGAAAGAUUAUCAGAAGAAGGAUUGGAUCAAAGCAUCAUUAGCAAAACAAAGAGUGAUUACUCAAAUCUCGAGUUGAUUGUUCCUGAAGAAUUCGGCGGUCAGCAUUCAAUGGACAAAAAAUUGCGUUGGACAAUCCAUACACUAUCUAACAAUGAUCCCAAUAAUACCAGGGCAAUUCCCAGUCUAGAUGAAGCGAUUGAAAGGUCAAAAGUCUUAAAGGAUGGUGAUAUAAUUGGUCUUUAUCAAGAUUCUUUUUAUUUACGUGGAUGCUACUUAAAGACUUCCAAGAGCUCCACACCGCCGAGUAUCAAAUCCAUCAAAUCUACCAAGUCGCCAUCCAGUAUGUCUAGUACGGAUAACAAAUAUAACUUUUCAUUCAUUGGAGAAUCAGCAUCGAAUAGUACACAGCCUACAACGAACAGUAAUGCUACUUCCCUCCAAAAGUUCAAAGAAAUAGCCAUACACAGCCAUCCUAUUGUUUGUAUAGAAAAACCGUUCAGUAUGCAAGAAAUACAAUACUCUAAAGAAUACCAAUGGGAAGUUGAGCUGGCUUCAAGAAGCGAAAAAGAUCAAUCUGAAGCAAAUGACAAAGUUAUCUAUUCACCUUCUUUAAAGAUAAAAGACUCGUUCAAGAACAUAGAAAGGAAUCAAAUUAGUUCCAUGUCAUCUAAAGCGUCAAGUCAUAUUAGUGAGAGCUUACAAGAUAAAGACAAUCAAGAGCCACAAACAUCGCAAUGGUUAGAUGGCAAUUCAAAACUAUAUAAUCAAUACCAUGUUUCUAAAAAAUACCAACCCAAAAUAGACGAGUUUGUUCAAGACGACACAAGUAAUCAAUACAAUACACCAGCAGAGUCACUUCAGUCCAUUCCAUCAACAGAUUAUGCCAUUAUGUCUUCAAGAAAGCUAGAGAAGCAGCCACUUCAAAAUUACUUGAGUCAAGAAAGCAAAGACAACGAUGACUGGACAACUUCAUCUGCAUCAUCUCAUAGUAGUAAAUCAUUAGAACCAUUUGAUAAGAUACAAAAGACUUCUUUAGGAUCAUCCUCCCUAUUAAGCGAGGCAGAAACAUUUAAGAGAGAGAUACAACAAACGUAUCAAGAAAAAGAAAACAAAAUCUAUGACACUAUUUAUAGAAACAUCUUUAGUAUGUCUACACCUGCUUCAAAUACAUCUACAAGUCAGAUACGCUAUUAUGACAAUGAAGAUGAUGAUAGUGAUUUUAUCUUCAAUCGAAACCCUAUUCAUAGCAAGACAUCCCAACAGAGAUCUUUUAAUGUCACACCUCGUAGCAAAUACAGCCAUCACACGACUUCUUCUUCUACUCAUCUUUCACCUGAAGAAUACCUGCAAAGAAGAAAAAAUCGAGAAGAUUCUUUUAUGUUGCUUGUCCGUCAAGAAACAAAGCAGCAAAUAUGGCUGAAAGCAAUAAAGCAGUCGACUUUAAGUCACUGGUUGCGUUCGAUUUCCACUAAAAAGCAAAAAAGUACUGUACAAAAUGACUCGAUGAAUGAAAAGAUUGUACGAUUACAACACCAUAAUAGCAAUAAUAACACUAGAACAAUUCACAAAAAGAAAGGGUUUUAUCACGGGCAUAGCAGUAAUAAUAGAAAAAGUAAAGACUUAAUAAUCACAUUGUAAAAAAAAGAAAGAGGACCUCAUAAAUACAGACUAUAAAUAAACAAAUAGCUUUAAUACCUUAAUGAGACUGAAAGCCUUUUCUAGACAAAAGGACAGAAAUUAAUGCUAGAGAUGAUGUAUAUAUGGAGGAAAUUCAAGAAUGACUUACUGAUGGUAUAUGAGUCUGUAAACAAUGCAGAUGAAGUGAAGACAGUUGGUCGAAAGGACAAGUUGGUACGUGCCUGAACUGACACUACUUUUUCGCAAGAGAGGAAAGUGUUGUUAUUAUUGUUCUGCUUGCCUGAGCUGGAAGCUUUGGCCUGA